CGCCCCAUCUCUCCUCGGGUUCCUGGGACUCAGGGCUAGAGCGCUUUCUCUCCUUGCACCUCUCCUCAGCUCUUUCUCUCCCCGGCACCUCAGGCAGCAGCGGCAGCGAGCGGCGGGAGCGGACGGCCCAGAGGAUGAAGUGCAAGCCGAACCAGACGCGCACCUACGACCCGGAGGGGUUCAAGAAGCGAGCGGCGUGCCUGUGCUUCCGGAGCGAGCGCGAGGACGAGGUGCUGUUAGUGAGUAGCAGUCGGUACCCGGACCGCUGGAUCGUGCCGGGCGGGGGCAUGGAGCCCGAGGAGGAGCCGGGCGGUGCAGCAGUCCGAGAGGUGUACGAAGAGGCGGGAGUGAAGGGGAAGUUAGGCCGGCUCCUGGGCAUUUUCGAGCAGAACCAAGACCGCAAGCACAGAACGUACGUGUACGUACUGACUGUCACUGAGAUUCUGGAGGAUUGGGAAGAUUCGGUUAGCAUUGGGAGGAAGCGAGAGUGGUUCAAAAUCGAAGAUGCGAUCAAGGUUCUCCAGUGCCACAAGCCCGUGCAUGCCGAAUAUCUGGAAAAACUAAAGCUGGGCGGUUCCCCAACCAAUGGAAACUCCGUGGCCGCGUCCCUGCCACAGAGCGAUCCCUAGUAUGUACGGCUCCUGCACAGACUUCUGCUUUCCGCCUAUCUUAGAAUACAUAGUGCCCGGAGCACCUCUCAUUCCUUUGCGGUCUCACGGGGAGGAGGGGGGCUUCUUUUGUUUCCUUGGCAGACCUCUGAAUCACGCUUGCAAACUGUCUCGGUUGCCAGACACUGUUUUCAGACAAUUUGCACGUUUUUCAGAUGCUUUCAAAAUUGCUGCUUGGUAGCACUGUAACAGAUUUCCUAAAUCCUAAGCCACAUGUUUUUUUUUUUAAAGGUGCCUUAACUGCUUGCCCAGCCCUUUGUGUGUGUGUGUUGAUGCUGUAGUUUAUUACAUUGCACACACGUGUGUGUGUGCGCGCGUGCGUGUUUUUGGUACCAAUCUUGUGGUUUGUUUUGGAGUGAAGGCCUUUCAAAUCUGAACAUCUUGGUUGUGUGGCAUCUGUAUUUUUUGCUUUCUCAUUCGCAGCAUUAGGCCUUGCUAGCAAGCCCUUUUGUGAUGGAAAUUGGUUUAAAGAUCAGAUAGAUAUAGAUCUAUAUAUAUUUUUAAAGUAUUUAAGAAAUUUUACAUCUUGUGGUCUUUCCACAGUGGGCAACAAUUUUCGGUUCAGUAAUGUGAUCUAAUUUGCCCUUUUCAGAAGUUUCUUUACCCAUACGUACAUGAUUUCAUUUUCUUUUUUUUUUUUUUUUAUGAUUUCAUUUUCAAAAGAAUUCUGACCAGUGGUCAUUUGUUGCUGCAUAUUUGAAAUGGCCAUUUCCCAUAUAGCCCAAAUGUAGUUUCAGAUUAUAUUACUUUAUACACUAAGUAUCUUCUUGGGAAAGUAUUGUUAGCCAAACAUAUCCUGAUAUGUAUAUACUGUCAUGAAAACUGUAUUCAUCGAGUGUAAUUUAGCGUGUUCAGCUUCCAACUCCAUUGCCCAUUUCUUAAUACUGUAGAGCAACCAUGGUUUUCUCAAUAUAAACUAGUCUUUGAAAGAAAGUUAUUUCACAUAUUUGAAUUUUGUGACAUUCCAGUUAACCUUCCUGACUACCAGUAACCAUAGGAGUGGAAUUUAUAUGGUGAUUACAUCCCAAUCCAGUGAGGAACCCGUCUUGCUACUCAGUUUUUACAGACUUCAGCUUUUACAGAUUUCUUAAACCAUCCGGACCCCUGAACAAUCUCUUAAAGAUUUAGGAUAAUUUUUUUUGUUGGUCACAGGUCAAACUUUUUGGGGGCAUCUAAUUAAAAGGUCUUGCAUUUGCUUCAGUAGUUGUUUGAAAUCAGGAAUCUUGUUUAAAAUGCAUAGGUCUGUCUUCUUAAACUACCUUUAUUCUCUUAGCCAUGUCAGCAGUUAGGUAGAAGUAAAGCCUUUGUGAAGAGGGUAUUAGGGAUGGAAAUUUAAUGCCACAUAUAACACUUAAACAUUUUAACAACAUUCCAGUAGUUAUUAAUGAAUAUAAAGUAGAAAAUAAGGGUCAUUUAAAAUUUUGUUAGUCAAAAUAACCUGUUUUAAACACAAUUACUGCUGAAAAUUUAAGUUACUUUUUCUUAAAAGUUAUUAUGCUGUUUUUCAACACACAGAGCGAUGCACAAAUCUUAACUGUACAGCUUAAUCAAUUCUUAGAUAGUAAAUACAUGUAUGUAACCAGAAUUCAGAUUAGGAAAUUAACAUUACCUGUAACUCAAAGGCAAUUGCAUUUCUCCUCCUAAUUAGUAUUUGCUUUCUUAUCUUUUAAGACUAUAGAAUAGUUCUAUUUUUGAAAUUUGUCGGUUGAGAUUUAGAUUAUAAACUUUUUUUGUGCUGCCCCCUUGUGUUGUUUGUUUUACUUUUCGAAAUACUCAGUUUUUUCUCCAUUUGGUUUGUACUGUAAUUCUACAAAUUACAAUAUGUUUAUAAAUUGGUGUUAAAAAGUGAGUUCUGUUGUACUUUCUUUUUUUGGAAUUGUUGUACUUUCUAAAGAAAUUUGAUGCCACUAUUUUGGAAACAAGUCUUGUUACAAAUUUAAGCACAGAUGAAGUACAGGUUUCAAUUCACAAAAUAUUUUCCGUAGUAAAGCUAUCAAAGUAAACUAAAAAAUGAGUAAGUUUUUAAAACCAGUGACAAUUUCAUCAUCUGAAUUAUAUAGUUUGAUAAAAUAUGGCUAUUUAUUUUUUUCUAUUUUUUUUCUCUUAAAAAGUGUUAUGUAGGGAUGCCUGGGUGGCUCAUCAGUUGAGCGUCUGCCUUCGGCUUAGGGUGUGGUCUGGGGUCCCAGGAUGGUGUCCCAGAUUGGGCUACCUGCAUGGAGCCUGCUUUUCCCUCUGCCAAUGUAUCUGCCUCUCUCUCUGUGUCUCUCAUCAAUAAAUAAAAUCUUUUUUAAAAAGUG